AUGCAACGGUUUGAGGUGUGUGGAAGAACAGGGGGGGAGAGCCCUCUGUGGGUGGACGAGUUGCGAGAUGGCGUGACGGUUUUUGAGUCGCCUCAAAUGGGAGGAGGAGCAAGCACGGUGCAGCAGCCUGAGGCGUGUGGAAGAACAGGGGGGAAGAGCCCUCCGUGGAUGGACGAGUUGCGAGAUGGCGUGACGUUGGGGGAAGAUGUUGAGGGGAGAUAUGAUGUGGCAUGUAGGGAUAGUGAGGAUUGGUGGGGAGGUGAGGAGUGGAGGGGUGGAGAGGAGAGAAGGGGAGGGGAGGAGGGGAGGGUAGGAGUGAGUGAUUGUGGAGAAGGAAGAGCAGCAGGGCUUGAGGGGAAUACAGAAGGGGGGAUGGAGAGCGGUGCAGGUGGGUGGAGAGGAAGAAACAAUUUGCCACGAUGGGAGGAAGGGGCGAUUUUGGAGGGUUGUGAGGGGUUGAAUGCUGUACCUGGUAUUGAUGGCAGGAGUGGGGCCGGCAGGAGUGGCAGAGAAGAAAGCAAUUUGGGGGUGGCUCAGAAAGGCGGCCGGAGAGGGAGGAAUGGCAGCAGCAGUGGCGCCGAUAAGGGCGCGGCAGAGAGUGAGAGCAUGAGAAGGAAAGAGAUGGAGCGAGGGAAGCGGGAAGCAGAGAGGGAGAGGAAGAAGCAGGAAAAGGCUGCGCUGGCCGAAGAGAAGAAGAGGAAGAAGCAGGAAGAAAGGUUGGGCAAGGAGAGGGCACAGAGAGAGGUGCAGGAGAGGAGGGGGGCGGUCCGGGAGGUGGAGGGGUGGGAGAAGGGCCGCGAUGCUGUGAGCAAGGCCACGACACUUAUUGAUGACAGAAUGCCCAAAGACGCUUUAGUACUCGUUGUCCUGCUAUCCUCUCUCUUCCCUACUUUCCCCUCCUGCAUCCAAUCUGACGUCCCUGCGUCCCUCUUGACGUCUGAUCACCAUUUUCCCCUCUUUCCAUCAUUUCCCCUUCCCUUUUCCCCAUCCUCUCCCCCUUCCACUCCCCCUCACUUUCCCGCUUCCACUCUUGCUCCCUUUUCCCCUCACCCUCCCCAAUCCCCGCCCCCCCCCACUUCUCCCCCUGUGCAGCAGCGUUGGAGCGCACUCUCUCCGAUCGCGGAUAUCCCUUCACCAUCACUCGCAGCAGUGGGCGGCAGGCAUGGUGGUGGUGAUGGGCGGGGAGUGCCUGGUGGAUCUGCUUCAGAGAGGCAUGCUCUGGCGCUGGCGCGGCUAGCAACGCACUUUGCGUGCAUUGAGGUCGUUUUUGAGGCGCCUAAAAAAAUCUUCUCUCCCCCCACCCCUACCCCUCAAACCCCCGUCCCCCAGGCGCUGGCGCGGCUAGCAACGCACUUUGCGCGCGUGGGAGUGCGUGUGUGCAGCGACGAGUGGGUGAUGGCAGAGCACGUGGCCGCCAUGCACCGAGCACACGCCGAGAAGAUGUACAGGCCUGCUCUCAGCCGCCUGCACAUAGUGCAGAACUGCGGAGCUGCCAACCCCAAGGACCCCUUCUUCCAUGCCGCCCGCCGCAACACAUGGGCGAGCAUGCUGAUGGCCAUCCCAGGGGUGUCAGCGAGAGACGCCAUGAGCAUCACCCGCAUGUAUCCCUCCAUGCACUCGCUGCUCUCCGUCUACCGCUCCAACCUCCCGGAGCGAGACAAGCAGCUUCUGCUUUCCAAGAUGGUCAAAAUACAGCUUGGAAACGACACCACAACAGUCGGCACUGCUAAUGAUGCAUGUGAUGAUGAUGCUGGCGACAAUGCCACUGGUGAUGCUGAUGUGGCAGUGAGAGGGAGUCAAGGUGGCGGUGGUGUUGCUGGGAUGAGGCGAGUGGAGCGUAUGGGCCCUGUAAUGUCACACAGGAUAUACCAUGUUCUCACAUCCAACGAUGCAUCGAGCAUGGCGAUUUUGUGA